AUGUCGAUUUUACUCGACCCGAAGAAACCAAAUGUGGAUAUCGUCCUCGUCCACGGUGUCAACGUUUGGGGCAAGGAGAAACACGCUGCCGAUACCUGGACAUGCGACACACCAGACGGCAGAGUGCACUGGGUAAGAGAUUUCCUUCCCAUCUACGAAGAAACCUCUCGCGCCCGUGUCCUUGCCCACGAGUACGAUGCGUCCGCCGUCUGGGGGACGGGGCCCAGGGCCGUCGGAGCCGAAGCUGACAGGCUGUUGGAUUGGCUGCAUGUUCAACGCAAGGGCUGUGCCGCGAGACCUAUAAUCUUUCUGGCUCACAGCCUCGGAGGUCUCUUAGUCAAAGCGGCCUUGGUACGAGCCAAGAGGAGUAGUGGCAAGUCAUCGACGAUAUGGUAUUUCACCACCGGCAUCAUGUUCUUCGGGACGCCGCAUCGUGGUGUCGAUAGCAACGUCCACGGCAAAGUCGCCAACCUCUUUCAGACCCUCAACGCUGACCGCCCCGACACGAACUUCUUAACAGCCAUGGAUGCUUAUGCCCCAGAGAUUGAUCGACUUUACGAGAGGUUCAGUGAGAUGUAUGGAAGGUAUCAAUUCGUCACUGUGUAUGAAACACGACCGCAUAAGAUCAAGCCAUUGGGAGUGAUUGUUCCCAGAAAUUCAGCGGUACUUGGCUUACCGGACGGUCACGAAACACGCAUCGCUCUUGACCGUGACCACACCAGUAUCUGCAAGUUUGCCUCUGACAGAGAACACGAAUUCCAGGCCGUCUUUGCAAACUUCGUCCUUCUCUGCCAAGAGGCAACGACGGCUUUCAAGACACCCGGAGAGCCUGAACCGGUUCCUGUUAACCCUACCAUCAAUAAUUAUCCCCCUGAGCCCGAGGCGAGUAUGUCAUUCGAACAAGCACUGCUUGAGGCCCGAGCCUUCCUCAACUCGAAAAGGACCGCAUCCGCCUUGAGAACCGUCGACGAAGAGAUUCGAAAACGCCAGUCUUCAACGAACGGCAGUGCCAUGAAUCUCGUACCUCAGAUCACUCUCGUCAUGCCUGUUCUGUCUUCACUCGUGAAGCUUGGUCUCACAUUUGGAGCCUAUUUGAUGCCAACACUAAAAAGCACCAUCAGCAUGAUUGUAGGUGGAUUGGACGACAUCGAAACAGAUCAGGAACAGAUUUACCACCUCGCGAGGUUGAGUCUCUCCAUCAUGAGCGACGGCGUGCGGGACAGCAAGCGAAUCAAGAAGAAGUUGGAGAAACAUCUCUCCAGUGAACUGGGAGACUCUGCGCAGAAGACCGAGGCUCAAAGGCUCAUAGCUGGGUUGGACGCCUACACCCAACUGUGGACGAGGGAAAUCAGAAACCGACAGCCACAAAUGGAAGAGGCGUAUAGGAGGGUACAAGAGACAGAGGACUUCAAAUCGGAGUUUGAGCGUGCGCAGGACGAAUCGGAGGAGUCUUUCUUGGAAUGGCUCGUCCUCUUGAUUCCCAGACUUUUGGUCUGGCUUCAGGCGUUGAUCAUCGAGAUAGGAGUAUUCCUUGGUCGAUCUUUAUCUUCAUUGUGGACUUGA